GCUUGAAAAAUGGAACAACUGCUGAUAACAACGAUCACUAUUUUAUUUUUUCCUGUUGCUUGUCUGUUAUUAUUGGUUGUACUUUUAGCAUCUAUUGGAAAAUCUCUAGGUCUAAGAAGAAAAUAUGUGCAAUUCUUAUUGAAAGUGUUUGAGUUUGGCCAACAUAAGAUAGAGAAAGCUCAACAGAGACAAGAAAAUCCUGACGAUGAAGAAGAAGAGGAAGGAGAAGAAAUUGAUGAUGAAGGGAAGAGAGUAAUUAGAAGAGAUAUCUCUGUGUCUUUAGAUGGUUUGAAAUUUCAUUCUGCAAGACAAGAUUUAAUGUUGGGAGAACUGAAAAAAGAUUUUCAUAUUUCUGAUGUUAUGUAUUUUGCAAAGUGUGGUAUGGAGGCUGUUAUUGAAGAUGAUGUUACCAAGUGUUUCACAGCUGAAGAGUUGAAGUCCUGGAAUUUUUUAACCAGAACUACACAAGGUCACCAGUUUAUUAGUGUUCGAUUAACUAUCUUGUGGUGCUUAGGAUUUCUAUUUAGAUAUUGUUUUCUUGUGCCAGUGAGGUUGGUUGUCCUGUCUAUAGGUCUCUUGUGGUUAAUAGUAUCAACAGCAUUUAUAGGAUACUUACCAAGAAGCAAGUUCAAAGGUAAACUAAAUGAAUAUGUUAGUCUGAUGUCCCAUAGAAUUCUUGCCAGAGGAUGUUCUGCUUAUGUAGUUUAUCAUAACAAAGAAAACAAAACUUCAAACGGGAUAGUUGUAGCAAACCAUACUUCUCCUAUAGAUGUCAUUAUUUUAUCAUGUGACAAUUGUUAUGCUAUGGUUGGACAAGCUCAAGGUGGAUUUUUAGGUGUGAUGCAGAGAGCUUUGUCAAGAGCUACAUCACAUAUUUGGUUUGAAAGGUCAGAGGUUAAAGACAGGCAUAUAGUUGCAAAAAGAUUAAGAGACCAUGUAGAAGAUAAAAGCAAAUUACCAAUAUUGAUUUUCCCAGAAGGUACCUGUAUAAAUAAUACAUCAGUUAUGAUGUUUAAAAAAGGCAGUUUUGAAAACAGUGAUAGAAUUCACCCAGUCGCUAUUAAAUAUGAUUUACGGUUUGGUGAUGCCUUUUGGAACAGCAGUAAAAUGGGCAUGUUGGGACAUCUUUGGGAGAUUUUAACAAGUUGGGCACUAGUAGCUGAUGUUUGGUAUUUACCACCCAUGGAUAAACAGGAAGGUGAAGAUGCCAUUCAUUUUGCAAGUCGUGUUAAAAAGGAAAUAGUCAAACAAGGAGGAUUUGCUGAUUUAGAUUGGGAUGGUAUGCUGAAAAGAAACAAGGUUAAAGAAGAAUGGAUUUCAAAACCACAAGAAGAAUACAGUAAAUUACUUAAAGUAGAGUAAAUCUUUUGUGAUAUGGACGGUACUUGUUGGUGCUUCAAUUUGUUAAUGUUUGUUUUUGUAUUGUCAAUUUAUAAUACAUGCACAUGUUAAAUUAAAAAUUUAACUUAUAGUUUUUCAUAUUUAUUAUAAAUUUGUAAGUUAUGUUUAUGUCAUGUUAAGUGUUUCAAAAACAUACUGGUGAUGUUAGUUAUAUACCAUAAAAAAGGGAAGAACUAUAAUAAUUUACUUUGGCCAGAAGGUCAAGUAGGAAAAAAAUAUGUUUUGUAUUGAACAAUAUAACCUUUUUUAAUUUGAAUGUAUUCAUAUCUUUUUAUUAUUCGCUUUUAAUUUUAAAAUGUCUACCUUAUAAAAAUAGACAUUGUAUAAUCAAUGGUGUACUUAGAUUGAAGCAAAGUGCUGGAUAUAUUUUUUUUUAACUGUUGCUGGCAUUGUCAAUUUAAAAUUUAUAGUAAAGGUUAUAAAUUUUUUGGUUUUUGUUUUUUUGAGUAAAAUUCCAUAAAUUUAAUGUCAAAUCAUUUCUUAUUUUGAAAUUUUUUAACUUGACCCUGUUAUUUUUUUUUUCAAAAGUAAAGGAUAUUUAAUAAGAUAAAGUAUGUCAAUAUAGGACUGUUAUCCAGUUUUCUACAAUGAUCAGUGCUUUAUGUAUGUGAACACUGUCACCAAUUACUUUGUUAUCAUUUUGUUUUAAGGAUGUCAAUCAUGUGAAAUUUUAAAUAUAAAACUUUGCUCAUUGUCAAUCAAUUUAUUUAACAAGAAAGUUUCCUCAGUAGCAUUUCUAAAUGAAUAAUGUUACUGUAUACAAGAAACAUUUCACAUACCGUGGAUUCAUUAUUAUUCGUGGGGUACCAAUUUUCAUGGAUUUCGUGGGUACAAGUAAACCAUGAAAUUAAAUGUUCAACGAAUGACAUAUUUUAUAUAGGCUUGUAUGCAGACUUCGGCAAAACCAUGAAAUUAAAUAGCCAUGAACAUGCAAGUUUUUCUUAUUCUACAAAAUUGGUACCCACGAAAAUAAAUGAAUCCACAGUACUAAACAAUUUUCUUGUUAAUGGUCAAUCACAUAUUUGAAUACGUUUGAUCCAUAUCAUUUCCAUGUCCAGAUGAAUACUCUUUUAUUUUAUGCUGAUUUCUAACAUCAUUUAAAUGUACAAUAUAGAUCCCUUCAUCCUAGAUGGGACAGGAUCAUUGAUGGACGCUUGAAAAAUAAGUCUGUAUUUUUAUGUAAAUUAUUCAACACUACCGACAGAAAAAUAUUAAUUUGAACAUUUAUCACAUUAAGCAGUUUCCGACCGUGCAAGACCCUUUUAUGUAGUCAAGGUCGUUAAAAACCCCCUCUUCAUCAACAUUAAGCAAAGCCAUUAUAAGAAAUUUUCCCACUAGUCUAUUUGCCAAUUCCACAAUUGAUUUUGUAAGUACAGAUUCAUUUGUAUGAGAUUUUUCUCUUAGGCAGGACAUAAAUUUCAUUGACAAUGAAGAGCUAGAGAAAAGAGCCAACUCGUCUGUGCAUAAUAUGUAAUCUUUUAAGUUUUUCAAGCUUAAAACUUUUGAUAUCAAUAGUUAUUUUUCAUUCAAAAUUGGUUAAAACUACUAUAUAUCACUUUCAACUUAUCAAGCUUUGAGCAGCCCAUUUUGAUAUGCCCCUGCCGUAGCGGAGGGGCAUUAAGUUUUACCCUUGUCCGUCUGUACGUACGUCCCAAAAUUGGUUUUUCCGUUCUCUAACUUAAGUUUGCCUCAACCGAAUAUUAUGAAACUUAUACACAAUGCUUAUUACCACAAAACACAGAUCAAGUUUGAAUUUUGGUGGCGUCACUUUUUCCGUUCUAAAGUUAUGCCCCUUUACAAAUGGAAAAAUUGCUGAAUUUUUCGUUUCCGUUCUCUUACUUUAGUUAACCUCAACCAAAUGUUAUGAAACUUAUACACAAUGCUUAUUACCACAAAACACAGAUCAAGUAUGAAUUUUGGUGGGGUCACUUUUACCGUUCUAGAGUUAUGCCCCUUUAUAAAUGGAAAAAUUGCUGAAAUAUUGGUUUCUGUUCUCUAACUUUAGUUUGCCUCAUCCAAAUGUUAUGAAACUUAUGCACAAUGUUAAUUACCACAAAACACAGAUCAAGUUCCAAUUUUGGUGGUGUCACUUUUACCGUUAUAGAGUUAUGUCCCUUAACAAAUGGAAAAAUUGCUGAAUUUUUCGUUUCCGUAUUCUAACAAGUUUGCCUCAACUAAAUGUUAUAAACUUAAAAACAAUGCUUAUUACCACAAAACUCAGAUCAAGUUCAAAUUUGGGUAUUGUCACUUUUACAGUUCUUGAGUUAUGUCCCUUUUUAACAUUAUAUGAAAGCGGGGGCAUCAUCUGUGUCCCAUGGGCACAUUCCCCAUUUUUUUGGUUAAGAACCAGUCUACUCUUGGAAAAGGGAAACAACUUGUUUAAAAGUGUGUAAUAACAGAAUCAAUUAUGUAAUUGGCAAAAAGACUAUUAAGAUAUUCAUCCCUUUGCUCAACCUUUCUACAUAGAUUUUAUGCCCAACAAAUGCACAAUGAUGUAAUAUAACUUUAAAACCAAAUACUUUGAAGGAAAGAUGGGGAUUGUUAUCAAGAGUUACAUUGUAAAUAAAAUAAUUUGUGUGUUGAAAUGCAAAUUGCUCAUACAGAACUUAGGUAAAUCACUGCUAAAGCUAUCAGAAUAUAUUGGUUUUUGGGUAAAGAUUGCAUUUCAUCAAAACCCUAUGGUACUGACUUGAUAUUUAUGUAAGGAUUAUCACUACCUUUGAUAGUUCAUACAAAAUAGUGCAGUGAAGUGAUCAUUAUUUAGAUACUAUCCAGUCAAUGUCAUGCAAUUUAUUGAUGAUAUGUUAUACUUUGAUAUUUAAGUUACAACAAGAUGUGUAUUUGAUUUACAAUACUUGUCAAGAAAACAUUUUUUAUUAAAAAUUACAAAAGUAAUGCAUUGUGUAUGAAUCUGUUAUAAAAUAAGAAUAGGUUCAACAACAAGUGUACAAUCAUGAAUAAAGGAAGAUUACUCCUACUCAAAUUUUUUAAUUGGCCUAGCAAAAUAUAAUUCAACAUUUUAUUUAAAAAUUCAGAAAAUUGCAAAAUGAAAGCAAUCUUUACCCUUCAGUGCUCACAAGCACUUUGAUUACUAAGCCAUAUUGAUUUUUUAAGAGUGACUAGUAUGCAUUAAACUAACUUUGAUAUAUAUUUAUGUUUUAUUAUAUUGAUUAUUUUGAAAAUUAUAUAACAACCAAAACUGUAAAUAGUUAUACUGUGCAGCUAUAUGUUGAUUUUAACACAUGUGUAAAGCAAUCUUCAAAGAGAAACAUGUACCAUGCAUUUAUACUGAUCAAAUGUACAUGCUGACACAUUUUUCGGUUAAUUUUAUUUAGGACAGGUAAAACAGAAGUUUUAAAAGCAUUUUUUUAAAUUUAAUUUUUUUUAAUUUUUUUUUUACAAAUAUAUUAACUAACAACAUAUUUUAAAAUGACAAGAUAUCAUCAAAAUGAUAUCAGAUAAUAUGAUAUUAAAGGGUUUCAAAGUAUAAAUUUUGAUUACAUGCUUUAAAAUUAUACCCCUGCUUUAAAAAAGUGGGGGUAUACUGUUUUACCUCUGUCUGUCCGUCUGUCCGUCCAUCCGUCAGUCCUUCAGUCCGUCCUUCCGUCCCAUGAAUAUAUUUCGUCGCAUCUUUCUCAGGAACUACAUUACAAGGAUAUCUGAAAUUUGGUUUCAGGGUUUAUAUAAGUCAGCUAUACCUUGUGAUGCGUUUUCAGAUUCAUCACUCAACAACUUCCUGUUUACCAAACACUUGUAUCAUUUUACACAUGAUAGCCAAGUUGAAAAUUUUCGUCACAUUUUUCUCAGGAACUACAAUACAAGGAUUUCUGAAAUUUGGUUUCAGGGUUUAUAUAAGUUAGCUAUACCGUGUGAUGCGUUUUCAGAUUCAUCACUCAACAACUUCCUGUUUACCUUAUACUUUUAGCGGGGCGGGGGUAUCAUUAGUGAGCAGUAGCUCGCAGAUUCACUUGUUUGGUCUGUGUUUCAUAAGGUUACAAAAAUUAUUGAAUAAUUGUUUGUGUGUCUCUUUAAAUGAAUGUGUUCCUUUGAUGUGUAUCUGUAGACUGCUUGGCAUCACAUGGAAUUAAUUAUUGUAUCUGUUAACCAUAAACCAUACAAUAAAUAAUUCACAAAGUAACUUUAUUAAUAAAUUUUUUUUACUUCAAAGCUUGUGAAAUGAAUUUGAGCCUCAGUGGAGGUUUUUAUCAUAAUAAAUUCAACAAUUCUAUAGCUUGCAUUCACUGCUUACUGCAUCAUGAUUUAUUGUUAGAGAAAUGGAUGUUGUUUUUUCAUUCGAAGGUAUUAGAGGUUAAAUACAAGACCGAACUAUGUGGCUUUAUCAUCAGUAUUGUUUAUGGUGAUGUUUUAGUAGUAAUCACUGAAUAAGACCAUGAAAACUUUGAUAUAGAGUACAAUUAUAUAUCAACUAAAAAUGUUUUGCUGUCUUCAGAUGUGAAAAAGACAAAUAUUUUUACUUUGUUUGAGCUUUUGUUUAUAUUUAUGCUGCCAGUGGAAAUUAAUAGAUUUCAUUUAACUUUUUAUACGACCGCAAAAAUUGAAAAUUUUUUGGUCGUAUAUUGGUAUGACGUUGGCGUCGUCGUCGUCGUCGUCGUCGUCGUCGUCGUCGUCUGGCGUCGUCCAAAGACACAUUGGUUUUCACACUCUUACUUUAGUUUAAGUGAAUGGAUCUCCAUGAAAUUUUACCAUAAGGUUCAAUACCACGAAAGGAAGGUUGGGAUUGAUUUUGGGGGUUAUGGUACCAACAGUUAAGGAAUUAGGGGCCAAAAAGGGGCCAAAAAUAAGCAUUUUUGUAACUUCCAGACAAUAACUUGUGUGUAAGUGUAUGGAUCUCUCUGACAUUGUACCACAAGGUUCCAUAUCACAAAGGGAAGGCUGUAAUUGAUUUUGGGGGUAAUUGCCUCAAAAUUUUAGGAAUUAGGGGCCAAAAAAGGGGCAAAAAACAAGCAUUUUUCUAGUUUCAUGACAAUAACUUGUGUGUAAGUGUUUGGAUGUUUCUGAAAUUGUACUACAAGGUUCCAUAUCACAAAGGGAAAGCUGGAAUUGAGUUUGGGGGUAAUUGCCUGAAACGUUUAGGAUUUGGGGGCCAAAAAGGGGCCAAAAAUAAGCAUUUUUCUAGUUUCCAGACAAUAACUUGUGUUCAAGUGUAUGGAUCUCUCUGAAAUUGUACUGCAAGGUACCAUACCACAAAGGGAAGGCUGGGAUUGAGUUUGGGGGUGAUGAAUCAUAAGGGGGUUCAAAAAAUUUGGGGGGGGGGGGAUUUUUUUUUUUUCUUUUUUUUUCUUUUUUUCCUUUUUUUUUCUUUUUUUCCUUUUUUUUUCUUUUAAAAUUUUCCAUUUUAAGUUGGUUAUUUCUGAUUAAUAUUUAAAAGCAAAUAAUAAUGAUAUGGUAGGAGAUACACACCAAACAGGAUGUGUAAAUUAUUAUAUAAUAAGUAUUGUGCAAUAGCAAGAAAUUUUCAAUUGCACAGUAUUGCACAAUUGCAAGAAAUCUUCAAUUGCACAGUAUUGCGCAAUAGCAAGAAAUCUUCAAUUGCACAGUAUUGCGCAAUAGCAAGAAAUAUCCAAUAGCACAAUAUUGCGCAAUAGCAAGAAAUUGUCAAUUGUACAGUAUUGCACAAUAGCAAGAAAUAUUCAAUUGCACAGUAUUGUGCAAAAGAAGAUACUUCGUAUAAAUUGCUUAUUUCUUGAUCAAUUUCAAUGGGGUUUUAUUCUUGAAUUCUUGGGGUUCUUUAAUAUGCUGAAUCUAACCGUGUAUUAAGUUUUUGGAUUUUGGGCCCCGUUUCUAAAUUGGUCCACAUUGAGGUCCAAAGGGUCCAAAAUUUAACUUUGUUUGAUUUCAUCAAAAAUUGAAUUAUUGGGGUUCUUUGAUAUGCCGAAUCUAACCGUGUAUUUAGAUUCUUAAUUUUUGGUUCCGUUUUCAAAUUGGUCUACAUUAAGGUCAAAAGGGUCCAAAAUUAAACUUAGUUUGAUUUUAACAAAAAUUGAAUUUUUAGGGUUCUUUGAUAUGCUGAAUCUUAACAUGUAUUUAGAUUUUUGAUUAUGGGCCCAGUUUUCAAGUUGGUCCAAAUCGGGGUCCAAAAUUAAACUUUGUUUGAUUUCAACAAAAAUUGAAUAUAUGGGGUUCUUUGAUAUGCUGAAUCUAACCAUGUAUUUAGAUUUUUGAUUUUUGGGCCCCGUUAUCAACUUUGUCCACAUUGAGGUCAAAAGGGUCCAAAAUUAAACUUUGUUUGAUUUCAUCAAAAAUUGAUUUCUUGGGGUUCUUUGAUAUGCUGAAUCUAACCAUGUAUUUAGAUUUUUUAUUUGUGGACCCGCUAUCAAAUUGGUUCAUAUUGAGGUCAAAAGGGUCCAAAAUUAAACUUUGUUUGAUUUCAUCAAAAAUUGAAUUAUUGGGGUUCUUUGAUAUGCCAAAUCUUACCGUGUAUUUAGAUUUUUAAUUUUGGGUCCCGUUUUUUAAAUUGGUCUACAUUAAGGUCCAAAGGGUCCAAAAUUAAACUUAGUUUGAUUUUAACAAAAAUUAAAUUUUUGGGGUUCUUUGAUAUGCUGAAUCUAAACAUGUGUUUAGAUUUUUGAUUAUGGGACCAGUUUUCAAGUUGGUCCAAGUUGGGGUCCAAAAUUAAACUUUGUUUGAUUUCAACAAAAAUUGAAUAUAUGGGGUUCUUUGAUAUGCUGAAUCUUAACAUGUAUUUAGAUUUUAGAUUUUUGGCCCAGUUUCCAAGUUGGUCCAAAUUGGGGUCCAAAAUUAAACUUUGUUUGAUUUCAACAAAAAUUGAAUAUAUGGGGUUCUUUGAUAUGCUGAAUCUUACCAUGUAUUUAGAUUUUUUAUUUUGUGGGCCCGCUAUCAAAUUGGUUCAUAUUGAGGUCAAAAGGGUCCAAAAUUAAACUUUGUUUGAUUUCAUCAAAAAUUGAAUUAUUGGGGUUCUUUGAUAUGCCAAAUCUAACCGUGUUUUUAGAUUUUUAAUUUUGGGUCCCGUUUUUUAAAUUGGUCUACAUUAAGGUCCAAAGGGUCCAAAAUUAAACUUAGUUUGAUUUUAACAAAAAUUGAAUUCUUGGGGUACUUUGAUAUGCUGAAUCUAAACAUGUGUUUAGAUUUUUUAUUAUGGGACCAGUUUUCAAGUUUGUCCAAGUUGGGGUCCAAAAUUAAACUUUGUUUGAUUUCAACUAAAAUUGAAUAUAUGGGGUUCUUUGAUAUGCUGAAUCUAACCAUGUAUUUUGAUUUUGGACAUUGGACCAUAAUAGGUAAAUUAAAAAAAUUGAAGUUCUUAGACCACAUUCUUUCUGUGUCAGAAACCUAUGCUGUGUCAAAUAUAUAAUCACAAUCCAAAUUCAGAGCUGUAUCAAGCUUGAAUGUUGUGUCCAUACUUGCCCCAACUGUUCAGGGUUCGACCUCUGCGGUCGUAUCAAGCUGCGCCCAGCGAAGCAUUUUAUUUAAUUAUUGUAUUAACGGGCAUUAGUUAUGAUUUAGACAAAACAUAGCAAUAUUUUUUUUUAAUUCAAAAAUUUAUAAAAGCGAAAUAAUGGAAUAGCUGUGAGUUUGGUCCAAUUUUGUCAUAAUUAGCUCAAAACAUAGCUGAUGUAUUAUUGGCUGGCAAGUCAAUAAUUAAAACUUAUUUUAAUCUGUAUUCAUGCAUAUCCAGUUAUUGAAACGUAUGUCAGCUGAAAAUGUGAAACUAGGGAAGACAGAUUUCAUUGAUUAAUUCAACCAGAAAAAAUCAGUCUGAUACAAGUAAUGAGUAAAUGAUUUAAAUUUAAUUUUUUUAUUUAUUUUAAACUGAGAAAAAAUCUCUAUGAGAUAAAACAGAACUUAGAAAAUCAGCCGUAUACUAUUGUAAUAUGUGCUUACCUGUCUAUUUAUAUGAUUUAAGUUUACCUAUCUGUUUAUAUAAAUUAUGCCUUUGAAAGUUUUGGUGGGUCUAGUGACUCUAGUCAAUAGUUAAUUAGAUUGUGUCAGGUCAGGAAUACACGCAAAGUGUUGAUAUAACAGUUCUAGACAUUGUGUGUUGUUUUCUAUGGAACUCUUGUAGUUCUGAAUUAUGUUAAAGUAAAUAUCGAAUCAAGUUUGAGAGUUGAAUAAGUUCAGUUGGCAUAAAUUUCGCAACUUAGGCCAUUUUGAAUUUUUUUUCCUGCAAAAUAUGAGGUGAUGUGUAGUAGAACUGCAAUUGAAUGAUAGUUAUCAUAAUUCACUCUGUAAUGAGAACAACCAUUAUACUCUAAAAUAAGCACGGUAAUUGGUAUUUGGUAGUACAUAUACUUUAAUAUUUUGUUUCAGAGUAUACAAUGAAAGCCAACUUAUAUAAAUGAAUAUCCUUAACCAACCUUGUAACCUGCAUUUGUUUUGUGUUUUUUUUUUUUUUUAGAGAUCUCAUAAAACGAUACCUCGUAUAAAAGUUGUGUAUUUAAAAAAUUGGUUUAUUAUCGAUUAUAUCAUAUGACUUGCAUAAGGAAUGUAUUGGAUUAUUUGGAAAUCCUGAAUGAUUAUAAUUGACUUAUAAUAGUAUUAGUACAAUCACUGGCUAAGUUUCUGGUUUUUACAUGUACUCAUUUAUCAGUCCUUGUAUCCGAAAAUAUUAUUCUGAUGUUUCAGUUUAUUAAACUGUCUUUAAAAUUACUCUAACUUCACAAUUAAUUUUUAUUACCCCUUAGAAGUCAUGGUCCUAAAAAUGUUGAUUUCUUUCAUAAAAAUUAUGAUCGGAACCUAUUAGCAGCAAUUUGAACUUACAGGAUAAAAACAAGAUAUUGUCUGAAAAUAUAUGUUUUAUUUGUAAUGGCUAAAAAACAAAAUUAUGUAUAAGAAAUUUAAUAUUAAUUUUCUGAAAAUAUGUUUAUAUUCAAACUUUAUUGUAUAUGUAUUAUAGAAAGCUCUUUGAAAUCUAGUAGUUUUACAAUAAAAAAAAUAUAUUAAAACCAGUUGAAUCAACCAUUAAAGUCUUAUUCUGAACUAAAAUGUCAUCCGUAAACAAUUUGUGGGAUUUAUGUGGAAAUGUAUAUUGUGAAUGCUAGGGAGGCUGUUAAGUUUUUAAUAAAAUAUUUUUUGUAA